CUCAUCCCAAUCAGGUCCAUGGUGGUUCCCGGCUACUACAACCACAACUAAUCAAAACGCUGCGUUUUGUUUCAGUUCAAGUAAUACUACUCCAACAGUUUCAGACCAGAUCGUAUCUUUAAUCUCUUCGAUGUCCACGUCAUCAUCUCCGACACCAAUGACUUCAAACUUCAAUCCUGCUCCAAACAACUGGGAACAACAACUCAACUACUGCAACACAGUUCCAUCUCAGAGCAACAGUAUCUACAGUGCCUUCUUUGGUAAUCAUUACACAGAAGCUAGCCAAGUCAUGAACACUAACAAUAAUAAUAAUCCAGUGGUGGAUCAUCAUCAUCAAGACAUGAAGUCAUGGGCAUCAGAGAUUUUUCAUUACACAGAACAAAACCAAAGCUCGGAAACUGGUUUAGAAGCAGAAGUGAAGCCAGACAUAGCCAAGUACUACUGGAGAUCAGCAUCAUCAUCGUCGUCACCAAACCAAGAAGCUGCAACAUUGCUGCAUGAUGCUGACGUUGAGGUGUACGGUAAGAAUCUACAAAAACUUAAUAUCAUGGUGUUUGAUCAGAGCCUUUAGAUUAACAUGUGUGUAUUAGAGAGCUUCAUUUUUCUAUUCACAUACACCGACCUGAGUUUAUUGAUUGAUCCAUACAUAUAUAUAAUAUGUUCUGCUGGUAUGUAAGUAUAUAUAUGGUUUUGGUUUGUGUAUAUUUUUUUUCUUCUCGUGUAAGUUUUUUUCUUGUUGCUAAGAUGUAAUUCUUUCUUACGAUCUCCAUGCUUAUGACUUUGACCUCAAUAUAGUUUCAUAUUAUUAUUAAUUAUUUUUACAUC